ACGAGAAAAUUUGAGCAUAAAUACGUGGUAGUGUGGAAAAACUGGUUCUAAAAAUGCCUAAAUGUUGUAUUGUGAUGUGUAGUGCAAGAAAAAACAAAAAUCAACCUCAAUUGACGCUUCAUAGAUUUCCGAAGAAUGAAGCUUUAAAGGAAAAAUGGUUAGAGGCUAUAGGCAAAGAAAAUAUUAAUCCUCGGCAAAAAAAUUGGCACCUCUGCUCACUGCAUUUUAAGGAUAGCUGUUUUAAUAAAACACUUAAUGUAAUACGUCUUCGUGAAAACUCACUGCCAACAAUUUUUCCAUAUCCACGAACAGCCAUACAAGACACAUCUGUUCUAUGUGAAACAAGCAAUGUUAAGACUGCUGUUGCUAGCACAUCUGCUGCUUCUUUUUCGUUCCCAUUACCAUUACAAGAAGAAGUGAAUGUAGAGGUCGCUAAAUGUAAAAAAAUUAAGACUCUGAAAGAUAAAUGUUUAAAGCAGCAGAAGAAAAUAAAAUGCCUGAAUGAAAAACUUAGACGUAAAGAGAAGAAAAUUGCCACUUUGAAAGAUGUUAUUGAGGAUCUUCGACAAAAAAGUCGAAUUAACAUGGAACAGGGUAUCAACAUGUGAAUGCUGAAGCAGGUUUUACUAAAGAAGCAUUUGAUACCUUAAAGAUAAAGGUACAGGAGAGUGAAUAUCAUGAGAUGUCCAUACGAAAGUCACUGAUUUGGGAUCCAAAAAUACAAAAAUAUUAUGGCAGGGUUGAUUAUGGACUGAAUAUUGAUAGUGACAGCGUUGAUGAAGCCAGUCAAGCUCUAGUACUCAUGCUGACAUGUAUAAA